GGAAAAAAGAAAAGAAAUAAUUAAUGGAAACCGUCAAAAAUCGCUUUCGUCCUUUAGCUUCUUCCCAUUAUUCGGAGAGAUGCCUUAUCUUUCUUCGUCUUCAACCCAUAUUAACAUAAACACAAAGAAGAAGAACCCCAGCUUCAGCUACCACCCAACCCAACAGAUCAGACACUCUUCCCUGCACCCUAAAACUCAAAUGAUAUACUAAUUCAUUUCAAGAGUAAUAUAUAUUUCGCCAUAGAAUUCAAGCAACAAAUAAAUCUUCACUUACUAUGCAAUAAGGCAAAAUGAAUCACUGUGUUCCAGAUUUCGAAAUCGAAAUGGAUGACGAUGAAGAUUACUCAACUCCAGUCUCGAAGAAACCCUCCACGCAAAACAACGAGAUCAUGGAACUGUUAUGGCACAACGGCCAGGUCGUGAUGCAAAGCCAAAACCAAAGACCGUUCAGAAAACCGCCACCGCCGGACACCAAAGCCGGCGACGGCGCCAUUCCGGCGAAGGAGAUUCGAUCUUCCGAAGCACAAAAUUACAGUAACCAACACCUCUUCAUGCAAGAAGACGAAAUGGCUUCGUGGCUUCACUAUCCAAUCAAUGAAGAUCCUUCUCCCUUCGAUCAUCACGAUUUCUGCGCCGACAUACUCUACCCGCCGCAAAACGUUGCCGGGAGCCAGAAUCACAACAGCGCCGCCAUUCGAACGGAGGAGCUCCGACAUCCGCCACCACCGGUGGCUCCUCGACCUCCGAUUCUGCCGGCGAGACGGCCGGAGCAGGCGGCGAACAGGAUACAGAACUUCGCGUACUUCUCGAAGCACAGCAAUGCUAGGGCGGAGCCGCGACCGUCGUCGAGUUCGAAAGCCGCGGCGGCGCAACCGAAGGUGGUGGAAUCGAGCGACACGACGGUCGCGACGGCGGGGCACGCGGAAACCGGUUGCGCCGCUGCGGGGAAAGCGGCGGCGGCGUCUAGCGGCGGAAGGGAGACGGGGACGUGCGAUUUGACGUUGACGUCAUCGCCGGGCGGUUCGAGCGGAAGUGCUGAACCGGUUCAGAGGGAAACGGUGGUGGACCGGAAGAGGAAGGGAAGGGAACAGGAGGAAUCGGAGUUUCAGAGCGAGGAUGUUGAUUUUGAAUCUCCGGAAACCAAAAGACAAGCUCGUGGUUCUACAUCUACAAAGAGAUCUCGUGCUGCAGAGGUCCAUAAUCUCUCUGAGAGGAGGCGUCGAGAUAGAAUUAAUGAAAAGAUGAGAGCUUUGCAAGAACUUAUACCUCGGUGCAACAAGUCUGACAAAGCUUCAAUGCUGGAUGAAGCAAUUGAAUACUUGAAGUCACUGCAGAUGCAAGUGCAGAUGAUGUCCAUGGGAUGUGGCAUGGUACCUAUGAUGUUUCCGGGAAUCCAGCAGUACAUGCCACCAAUGGGAAUGGGGAUUGGCAUGGGUAUGGGCAUGGAUAUGGGAAUGAACAGACCAGUAAUGCCAUUUCCCAAUAUGUUAGCAAGUUCAACUUUGCCAGCAGCAACUGCAGCUACUCAUUUGGGACCAAGGUUCCCUAUGCCUCCUUUCCAUAUGCCCCAUGUACCAAUCACGUCUGAUCCAUCCAGAAUGCAAGCAGCAAAUCAGUCAGAAAAUAAUAAUAUGCAGCUUAACUCACUUGGUACACUGGAUCCGGAUCAAUCACGUAUCCCAAACUUCACUGAUCCUUAUCAGCAAUACCUCGGUCUUCAACAGGUGCAGUUACAAUUGAUGCAGGCAAUGAACCAACCAAAUGUUAGCAAGCCAAGUACCAGCAGGGGCCAAGAGAAUCCAGAGAAGCAUCAAUCAGAAGAAACAUGAUUGGCUGAUAUUUACAAUCUAGCGCUGACAAUUCAAAUGGUGCGUGCUGCUCACUAUUGGAUCGCUGGUACCAGUAACUCUCACAUUAGGAGAUUGUAAGUCUGCAGUGAUAGUGAACAAAACACGGAUAACUAUCAUUAACAAAGAACUUGUGCACAUGGCAGGUUCAAUUUUCCGACAUCUAGACAAAAGCUGCUAAGUGGUGUAAUGUGUGAGAACUAACUUUUUAGCAGUUCUCAUUAGCAAUCUAAUCUACAAACGGCUAACAUGUAAAAACAUGUAAAUUAUUUCCACCCUCAGAGUAUUUUUGCCCUCUUCUUUUUGCCAUGUAGACUUAAAAAGUUCUUACUAUUUUAGAGAUUAUUUAUUAUGGGAAGUAUAGUUCUUUAUACAGUCUCCAAUAAACAUCGAAUCCCUUUCUGUUUAGUUUGGAUUGGAUUCAUAUUCAUGGUCUGCUCUCCAUUUACUAUUUACUAUCAAUAUUUUUUUCGGC